UUUGACUGGUCUCCCGCGCUGGACUUCAGCGAUCCCUGCGCUGGGUCGCGCAGUUCGGGCAGUUCGGGCAGUUCGGACUAGACGGAGCGAGAGCGCGAAUGGGAAAUCCCCUUUGCCUGACUGUGCAGGUAUAUUUCUUUACCUCCCCUCCUCGCUCCCGGGUGUGUUCCCGUACCUCACCCCCUCGCCCCAGGGUAUUUAUUGCGCGUACGUUGCGCUCCUCUGUAUCAUAUCCUUCUCAAGUGUUGAACAAUUGUAUACGUGCUAGCUAGCCUCCUCACACCAACGAUCAGAGUGCUGUUGUGUUAUUUGUGGUUGCGGAUUAGUAACGGAUAUAUUGCAAACAAUGAGAUCUAAAAAAAAACAUCACUGGACCCGUGCUGCCGUUCGAUGAGGCAGAUUGGCCGGCACCGGCCACAACCAUCACCACCACUGCCAUCACCAGGACCACCGCCGCCUCUGUCUCCGCCAGCACCACCUCCAGCCCAGGCACCUCCGCGGUCCCAAACCAGUCUGUCCUACUACCGACCAAGCGUCCGACGGUCAUGACAGCGGAGGGCUUGAAAGAGUUUAAGAAGCAGAGAGAAUUGGAGGAAUCAUUUGUGCCACCUCAAAGUAGCGGUUCCCAUGCCGUUUCCAUCCCCACCGUUUCCCGACAGGAAUCCCAAAGCGCUGGUUCAAGUAAAGACAGUGCCGUGAAAGUUAUGGGUUUUCAACUCGCGACAACCGCAGGCCUGCCUACGAUCAGGUUGGGGGCACCGUUAUACCUAUCCCGGUUGCAGCAGCCCGCUUCAACCGCCGCUCGGGUCACCACCGCUCCCAUCGUAAUUCGGACCGCUGCUCCCAUCGUAACUCGGACCGCUGGUCCCACCGCAACUCGGACCGCUGCUCCCACCGCAACUCGGACCGCUGCUCCCACCGCAACUCGGACCGCUGCUCUCAUCGUAACUCGGACCGCUGCUCCCACCGCAACUCGAACCACCACCGCCUCAACCGCCGCUCGGGCCACCACCGUUUCCACCGCAACUCCCACCGCCGAUUUCACCGCUCCCAUCGCCGAUUUUAUCGCUCCCACCGACGAUUUCACCGCUCCCACCGACGAUUUCACCGCUCCCACCGACGAUUUCACCGCUCCCACCGCCGCUUCUACCGCAACACGGACCGUCGCUCCAUUAGUCCCUGUUGAUUCAGCCACCGUCUCCGAUUUGUACCGGUUGAUAACCGAGAACGCCAACCAGUCAGCCAAGCAGGCAGCCGACAUAAAUCGCCGCUUGGACGUUUUAACGGCGCAAAACGAAUCCUUGCAGAAAGAGGUCGCUGUUGUCCGGAAAACCACGGCUGUGUUGGAGGCCGUGGUAAACCGAAUGCAGCAAACUCUAUUUAGCGAUGAGGAUGGAAGUUCGCGUCCCGUCCCGGAGGACUUCACGCUGCAGCCUGUACGGUCGGAGGACGAGCUGAACGACUUGGAGCGCAAGUUGAGCGACAGGGAAUAUAUGAGGAAUUGCGUGAGUUGGCUGCACAGCAACAUCACGUCCAGACAUAUGGACAAGCGGCUGAAGCAGCUGAAGGAGCUGGUACUGGAUGCCACAUUUGUGUUGAGAUGCCGUUGGUCUGCGAGGAACGAUAAAAUAGCGAUGUCCCAUUUCCCGAACGUAUGUGAGCUGUUCCGGAAAGCGGCAUCAUGGGGAAUUCGUCCAUAACAACAGCAUACGUUAGCAACUUUUUCAUACGCGUAUUGCGAUACGUUAAAUAAGCCAGUUAGUUUAAGUAAGGUUAUGUUUAAGUUUAAGAUAGUUUAGUGACAACAUUUCAUUAGGUUAGUAAAUUAAUUUCAAAGUUAAGUUAAGUUAGUUACAGUUAAAGACGUAUACAUUAAAGUAUUAAAAGAAUGUAAAUAUAUUAUGAUUAUGACUACGAAAAUAACAUUUUGAUUCUUUCACAAAACAACCAACCAAAACUUGAUUACUAUUCACCCGAUUGAUCUGAAACACAAUACACAAAGUUGGUCUACGGGAGAGAUAUGGGAAGAGGCAUAUUUUUUACAAUUACAAUGAACACCUGUGUGACAAAACUAUUUCUCAUUAUUUACCCUAUUUAUCUAAAGCACAAAACACAAACUUGGGCUACGUGAGAAAUACGGGAAGAGGUAUAUUUUUUACAAUCACAAUUCUCCUUUCACCUGUGUAACUAAACUAUUUCUCAUUAUUUACGGCCCGCGCUGUCUGCACUGCAGCUAACUUGCACAUCAAGGUACUGCUGGGCUAGUGUUUCAGGGUACCUGUGUUUAAGUCGUUCAUGCUGGCCGAGUAAACAUUCGCUUCCGUCGAGAGGCACGGUUCUGUAAAUGCAGGCACCUGGCUCAAGAAACCAUUUCCCUGCACUGUGAUUUCGUUGCCCGAUUUUGUGGCCGUUUCGUACCGGACCACCUCGCCCGAGUUGGCCAUACACCACUGGUCGCGGAAAUUUUGCCGCAGCGUGAAGCCCUCCCGUACGGUAGCUAUGGUGUCGACACCAACCGUCCGCACCGAUUGCUCGUCCACCUUUUGUUGGUUUUGCUGGCGCUUGGCAACAUUAAUAUGUUGCAGUUCCAGCAAACGAUGGACCGCUUGGACUAGUCUGUGCCUCCCGGAAUGUACCAACUUUUUGAGGUCGUGCAAAAAUGCCUCAAAAAUGAAGGCCGAUAUGGUUUUUAAACCCUCAAACCUGCACACGUCCUCGUAAACGUGCAGCAGGUUAUGCACGUUGCUAUUCAGAAGCACUGGACUGUACAAAUCUCCAUAGGCUGCCACAAACCUAUGCAUAAAUGAGUCAGCCUUUGCCCAUUUUGUGCGGUGGUAGGUGGUGGUCAUGAAUGUUACAGCCAUCGUCAACAACAUGAAGUGUUGGUACGCUGCAUCGUCAAGUCUACCCUCCAGAACCACGAAACCGGCAACCAGCAGAAACAUCCUAUACUCGGAAAUUUUCCAGAGUUGGACGUAUCGCAGGUCGCGCCGCUUGCGUUGAUAAUCUGUAGGGAGCUUUAACAGGCGCAAGUGCUCCGACACUUGACGUUGUUGCCGGCGUGGCAAGUAACACGGCAAGCCAGAGAAGCCGUUUAUCCACAAAUCGAUCAACUUGGCCUCCACGCCCUUGUACAGUAGGUGCAUAUCUUCGGCCGACACAAAAUCGGCCACGAUAUCACAACCUAAUAGUCUGGUAAGGGGGGUGCGUUUGUUGACGUGUGACAGAUAUUUGUUAUCGCAAAAGUCACUGUGGUUUCGUGGCUGGCGUUCCGCAUCAUACGUGAAGUACAUCCGGUGUCCGUCCAACACCCCUACGAUCGUGCACUUCUGGCACCUGCUGUAUGCAUUAUGCCCUUUAACACCUGCAAGAAAAUGAAACGAAAAAUAAUUAGAAAUAAUGCAUAGUACCGUAUUUCACUGUGCGUGUUAAGCGGACACACAUUGCACUGUAUAUGUAGAAGGCACUUUAUCAACAACCUACCUUUUAUGAGAGAAGAGUUCACCGCUCCAAGAAGCAUGCUUUGGAAGAGCAAAACAUGCGGGAACUCGAGCAA